GUCGUCGCGCCGUUAACUUGUCUUCGUCAUGUUCCGUAUCCUCUGGUAUAACGAAAACCUGCGGCCCGGUGAACCCAGAGAGAUCCAUAAAUGUCGAGCACUUCCUCCUCCCCAGAGCCCUACUCCGUUCAUCGAAAUCCCGUAAUCGAUCCCUAGAUUCGCCUCGUGUUGCUUCUGCUACUCUCCGAGAUCUGCCUUCUCGCGGAUCAGGUUGAGAUUUUGGCUUCGUUCGAGUCAGUCGAAGCUCGGCGAAGCUGCGUGGUUUCGGAUCCUUAGGGAAGUGGUUUUGCGGACAAAGAUUGGACUUUCCUGGGAGUUGGGAGCCUCCGAGGUUGCAGCCGUCGGCGAUUUUGAGAUUUGAACUCGUCAUCAAGGAAUGAUGCGAGUUUGUUUUCUGGAGCUAUGUUUUCCUUCCAAAACUCCUGAUUUCGAGGUUCGGCGUCCGAGGUUGAAAUUUUCCGUUGGUCACCGUUCUUGAGAAGGGCUUCCUUUUAACCUGCUAGUGUUGAGAAAAAAAGGUUCUUUUUUGGGCGUUGAAAUCGAUCACAAUUAUGGGAUUCUUAUCUUUUGUUAUGCAGAUCAUUAGAUCGGUGCAUUCCUUCCUUUGUCCCGGUGGAAAAAAGAUCUCAGCUUGCUUUCAUCGUCAAUGUAACCAUGACAUUUGAGUUGAACAGGAGGAAAUCCAUCGGAGGGUCUUUGUUCGCGAGCGUCCAAAGAGAGUGCUUGAUUGCCCAACAAGGGAACAUGCAGUCCAAAUCCCGAAUCCAUGCAGACCCCUCCCUCUACCAGGACCACUUCGAUCAAAUUCCAGACUCCCUUGUACUCCUCAUCUUCAACAAGGUCGCCGAUAUCCGGUCCCUCGGCCGCUGCUUGGCCGUGUCAAAACGCUUCAACAUCCUGGCCCCCCAGGUUCACGACGUGUAUGUUAGGAUCGGCCGAGUCGUGCCGGUGGAUGGUGACGCGGAGGAGGCGUUGACCCUGUCUUCCCCUAAACCUCGAAACCUCCUUGCCCAUCUCUUGAAGCUCAUGCUGUUCGCUAUUCUCAAGCCCUUUCAACACCUCCAGAACUUUAGUGCCGGGCAUAAGCCUCUUUUGCCGCAUCUCUCCCAUCACUCCCCUGCGCAAGUCCUCAAGAAGUUCACCCAUGUCCGCAACCUCAGGAUCGAGCUCCCUGCUGGCGACGUCGGAACGGAAGAUGGCGUCUUCUUGAAGUGGAGAGCGGAGUUCGGAAGCACCCUUCAGAACUGUGUGAUAUUGGGUGGGACCAAGAUGGAUCGCAGGCCUUCUUCAGCCAAUCUGGAGGGGUCAGUGGAAGACACUGGGAGCAUACCGGAGCCGUUCUAUACGAAUGGAGGUCUGAAGUUGCGGGUUGUUUGGACUAUCAGCUCCUUGAUUGCUGCUUCCACAUGGCACUAUCUUGUCCGACAGAUAAUUAGGGAUCACCCCACGUUGAGAAGUGUGGUCUUGACGGACGCCGAUGGCCAGGGAACAUUGACCAUGGGAGCGGAUCAGCUGAAAGAGUUCAGAGAGAAGCCAUUGGCAGCCUCUGCAUCAUCAAAUAGGACUCAGGUGCCUGCAUCAAACAUGAAGCUGAGAUACACUCCAUACUUGGAGCUGCCCGAGGGAAUGGCAUUGCAGGGAGCCACGCUGGUGGCUAUCAAGCCCGCAGAAGAGGGCACCAGCAGCGGCAAUUGUAGCAGGAAGGACGCUGAGGCAUUUGUUUGUGGGGCAUUUGACGGGCCAUUUCAGGCUGCAGCGAAGGCACUACUGAAGAGACGAACUUAUCUCUUGGAGAUGAAUGGUUUUUGAAUCAAUUCGGCCUCUUGCCUUCGUUCUCUUCCUAUGGCUCGCGGUGGUUCGUUUUGUUUGUUUAUGUGGAACCAGUUGCAGAGUGCCAUUUCCUCAGGAACAGAGGCAUCAGCAUUUGCAGUAGCCAUCCAAUUUUCCUCCAUUCCUGCAUUCCUGUACAGUAAGAAUGUUUUGAUUUACUGAUCUACAUGUUAUAGUGCAUAAAAUGGAGUACCAGUCAUGAAUUCUCAUCU